UGAUUUUUUUUCCCUUUUUUUUCUUCUUUCUUCUUCUUUCUUUUUUUUUUUAACUGCUAUGCUGGAUGAUAGUAUAAGUCAAGAACAACUUGUAUAUCGUAUUGAUUGUGAUAAACAUUUUACCUCUAAUGGCGCUCCUCCCAUUCUUGUUUUACAAAAGGAUUCUGUUAAACCUCCCAUUCUUAUUCUUCAAGGUAUUCAAACUCACCCUUCUCUUACGCCAGUUAUUAGGGAUGAACGAAAAAAUAAGAGUCAAGGUUAUAUAUUACAGGAUGAAAGGAAACCGUCAUUAUCAACAACAAUAACAACAGCAGUAACAACACCUUAUUUAUCAUCUGUACAAACUGAAACUUCCUAUCCAUAUCCGACGACGACUAAUGACCAAUUUUUAUACCCACCCCAAUCAUUUCCGAUAGAUUCAUCACAAGAUUUUUCUUCUUUUGGACAGCAUUCCUCCGGCUUGGCAUAUAGUGACACAAUACCUCCUUCUUCUUGGUCUUACAAUAAUCCCAACAAUAGUACUUUUACUUCUCCCUCUUUUGGACACAACCCCUAUGAUGGCAUUUACGGAACAUCGGCAGAUAUCGACACCCGCCAUUCAUCCUAUGGUUACACUCAAAGCGAACCAUUUCAUUGGCAGCCAGCGUACUACCAACGAGAUCAAUGGAAUCAACCGUAUGAUGAUGAAUAUAGAAACGAAAGGAUGAUGUAUGAUGGAUCAUAUAUGACUGGAAGAAAUGGAUAUAUGGAAGAAGAAAGAAGAAUGAUGAUGAUGAUGCCAAAUUAUAACCAACAACAACAACAACCUAUGCCAUAUCCUUCAUCCUCAUCAUCAUGGCAACACUAUCACAACAAUAUCGAUGAUGGAGAAAUGCGAUCUUAUAUGGAUUGGAAUAACCAUGGGUACAAUUCGUUAUAUUAUCAACAACAACAAUAUCCUGAAUCAAUGGUAACAAGUAGACGUCAACCUGCAUUUCGGAUAGUGAAUGGUCCAAGAAGAUCAAAAUCUGUUUCAUUUGCUCCACUUCCUGGUCAAAAUUAAUAGUUUAUUUAUACCAAUAAUUAUAUAUAUAUAUAUAUGUGUAUUACCUUAUUUAUUGUUUGAUUAUAAAGAAAUAAAAUGUAUUUAUAAAAAAA